UAAGAAGGUCUGACAUCAUUAGAUAUUUCAUGAAAAUCGCGAAAUAAUAAACUGCGAUUCUUUAGUUUACAAGCCGAACACGUUUUAAUUUUUUAAUUCAUCGAAAUAAGAUAACGAAAAGUAUGGGAUUCUUUAAAAUAGAAAAGGAGAAUGGUGUGAAGGAGAUAGACGUGUCCUACACCUCGUCCACUAGCACUGUCAGCGGAGAUGAAAACACAACGCGGGGGAACUGGUCUGGCAGGAUGGACUUCCUGCUCUCGUGUAUUGGUUAUGCAGUUGGAUUGGGAAAUAUUUGGAGAUUUCCGUAUUUGUGCUACAGAAGUGGUGGUGGUGCCUUCCUUAUUCCAUACGUGGUCUUUCUGUUGCUGUGUGGUGUGCCUCUGUUCUUCCUGGAAAUCUCCUACGGACAGUUUGCAAGUCUCAGUCCCAUCAGUGUUUGGAAGAUGAGUCCUCUCUUUAAAGGUGUUGGAUAUGGAAUGGUAAUAAUAUCAACUAUCGUCUGCGUCUACUACAACAUCAUCAUCACGUGGACGCUCUACUACCUGUUCAUGUCGAUGAGAGCUGUGUUGCCGUGGGCAACGUGUGACAACGACUGGAACACGGAAUACUGUGUUCUGAAGAGGGACGUUCACCCGAAUGAGACGGGACUGUACAACGAUAGCCAGAUGGCGGGAGCUAUGAAAUACUUGGCCCAGGCUAUAAACAGCUCUGCUGUCAAUGUUACGGCAGUGCUCGGCAACGCUACCAACCUGAUGCAUUUAAACAAGACUAAAACGGCUAGCGAAGAAUUUUGGCAACGUCAUGUGCUGGAUAUAUCUGAUGGAAUCGACAACAUCGGUGGUAUCCGGUGGCCUUUGUUGGGUUGUCUGGCCCUGGCAUGGCUGGUGGUUUUCCUUUGUCUCUGCAAGGGUGUCAAGUCAUCUGGAAAGGUUGUCUACGUCACGGCUACUUUCCCCUACAUGGUACUUCUGAUUCUCAUGAUCCGAGGUGUCACUUUGCCAGGAGCCAUUGACGGAAUAAAGUUUUACCUUAUACCACAGUGGGGGAAGCUAUUGGAAUUUAAGGUUUGGGGUGAUGCCGCCUUGCAGAUUUUUUACUCUGUCGGUAUGUCUUGGGGAGCAUUAAUCACCAUGGCCAGCUAUAACAAGUUCCACAACAAUGUUUACAGAGAUGCUAUGAUUGUUCCAUUCCUCAACUGUGGUACCAGUGUGUUCGCUGGGCUGGUCAUCUUCUCUGUUCUCGGUUUCAUGGCUCACGAAACUGGUGUCAAUAUCGAAGAUGUCGUCACUCAGGGUCCAGGACUGACCUUUGUGGCGUACCCUGAGGCUGUGGCCAAACUGCCCAUCUCGCCACUGUGGGCAAUCUUGUUCUUCACAAUGCUCUUUACUAUUGGUUUGGACAGUCAGUUUGGCAUGUUUGAAACAAUGACCAGUGCGUUUAUUGACGAGUUCCCCGAACUGCUGAGGGACAGGAAGGUGCUCUUCACCGCAGUAAUGUGUUUUGUUGAAUUCCUGCUGGGCAUCCCGUUCAUUACACAGGGAGGAAUCUACAUUCUGCAGGUGAUGGAUUGGUACUGUGCCACAUUCUCUCUGAUGAUCCUUUCUCUUAUUGAAUGUGUCGUCAUUGCCUGGAUUUAUGGAAUUGACAGAUUCUUCAAAGACAUUGAAUUGAUGAUUGGAUACAAACCACACAAGAUCUGGAAAAUCAUGUGGUGCUACGUCACCCCAGCGACUAUCAUUUUCAUCUGGCUGUUCAGUGUGACCCACCUACAGGCGGUGACGUACGGAGAUUACGAGUACCCGACUUGGGCCAUCGUGUUCGGCUGGAUGCUGGGUCUCGUCUCUCUCGUACCCAUCCCGAUCAUGAUGAUCAUCGCCAUAGCCAGGGAAGAAGGACCAUUCAUUGACCGCAUCAAGAAGCUUCUGAAGCCAACUGAAGAUUGGGGACCUGCCGUCGACCAGCACCGAGAAAAAUAUCUUUCAACUCUGGAGGAUCAUCAUACUAUGAUUGCUCAGCCUGCGAAGCAGGACUCCGUCGAUACAUUCCAGGAAAAAGAGGUCCCCGAAGCAGCAACAUUGCUGUCUGCUGACAAGACAGAACGCUGCUGAAUUAGUGACCAAUGUGUAGUGUACUUUGUAACAGCAACAGUGUAAGAGAAAUGAUGAGAGUAUACUUGACAGCAGGAAUACAAGGGACAUUACGAGAGAUCAGAUGGUCACUAUGAAGAUUUUUCUUCCAUUAUGUGUGGGGAAAAGAUCUUGAUAUUUAGAACAAAGGUGGGAUUUAACGAAGGACAGAAAUUCCCACGAGAGUGCAUCAUCCGAAGCAACGAGGCGUUUUCUGACCAAAAAAAAGAAGGAAAAAACGCUUACGAUUGAGGGAGAGAUUCGAGUUCAUUUCCUGAUGGGCCAUCUGCAGUCAGCUUUAAGUAAAUGUACUCAGCAUUUGUGUCCAUAUUGUGGAUUUAAAAAAAUAAAAAGAGACCUAUUUCCACAAUUGGCACGUUUAUAUUCUGAUGGACCAUCUGUAGUCGGCUUAAAAACGUUAAAGCGUUGGUGUCAUGUGAUGACUAUUUUUGUUUACAUACAAGUCUAAUCUAGUCUCAUUUUAUGACGUAUAUAUUACUGCUUUAACAAUGUACAAUAAUUCUGCUGUUUACAACAUAUAUACAAGGCUGCCGACUAUGUACGGUUUGAAUCUAGUCGUGUGUGUUGGAGUAACUGCUGUAAACACGCUGCUUUUGAUGGGACCAUGGCUUGGGAUGACCGUUUGCUGUUUGCUGUUGUUUGGUAACGUGUGAAUGAUCUCAGUUUGAAAGGAUGAGCAAUAUGCUGCAGUCUGGCCAAGUGCCUAUGUUAACGAAUGUAAGCUAUUCACUAGAGGGAAGUGUUUUAAUCAAAAUGGGUUGCAGUGAAUCUGCUUGCAUGAAGUUUUUAACAUUUGUGUGGGGUUUUUUGUUUCUGAAAAUGUUAAUACGGUUGUGGGUUGAGAAAAUCCUGUUCUCCAUCUAUUUUGGAACAUUAAGUACAUGUAAAUAUAAAUAGUAUGCUUAUUAGUCCCCUGCCGGUCCAACCAGAGGGGACUAUAGGUUUUUACUCCAUCCUGUCUUGUCUGUCUGUCCAUCUAUCUGUCCCUCUUCGUACAGUUUUCUGGACUGGGUUUUUUUUUUCAAUGCCACAUGAUAUUGAGCUUUAUCAUUUUCAGUUACAGAUCAAGUUUGACUUUCAUCAUGAUUUGACCGGCCUCUGUGGCGUCCUGGUUAGGCUAUCGGUCUACAGGCUGGUAGGUACUGGAUUCGGAUCCCAGUCGAGGCAUGGGAUUUUCAAUC